AUUUCCUCCCAGACACCCUUCUACAGUAUUAAACCUGUAGAUAACUUUGAAACUACCUCGCUGAAUUAAGAUGGUUAAGAAAGCAUCGCUUCUCACAGCAACUCUUAUUUUGAUAUGUAUGACAAUAGAUCGUUCUUCGAGAGAGGUAUCAGCCGUCAAUGAAGCUACAAAAAAUACGUUUAGAUGUAAGUUUGCAAAUGUAUAUGUUUUUGUAUUUGGUAUGCUUUUUACAGACAUACCAGAUUUUACAUACACUUAAUGAUAACAACAGUUUUGGUGCAAAUGUAAUCCACAUCGCCGGAGUUUGUCCUUGAUCUUCCCUUAAGUGAUUUAAGUAUUUUCCCUGCAAGAUAGAGGUCUGUUAUUAUCCGGCAAUGCGUGAAUCAUAUUUGUUGCCCAUCCAUGAAUCACCCGCACAUUAAAAGCUCUUAAGCAAAUCCGCAGGCUUUAGGUUACGUGGGGAUUCUUUUCUUUCUUUAUUUUUAAUUGGAAAAGGAUUUACUCUGACUUCUUAUUAAGCACACAUGAAAAGAUUCCAACUGAUAUGAGGAAGGGCAUUUUUAGUAGCUCAUUCUGGUGUUUUCGACAUUAAAAAUUUUCUCAGUGAUUUUUACAAAUUUAUGACGUUCCUGCAAACAGACAUGACUGACCUGCUCGGUUCAUAUCAUUUUCCCCAGAAUACGCUAAAAUUAGAACGGACUCAAGCCUUCAAGCUAGCCUGGGUUGUGGCUACGGAAAAAAACCAAACCAGUCGGCAUCCACUUUCUAACUAGACCACCGUUAAAAAGAACAGAAGACACAGCAUCCUAGUUCUUUCAAGAGUUUACCAUCCUCGAGAUCGUCCUCGUCAAUAAUAUGCAGAUCUCCUCUCCGCAUUUCCCUUGCAUCCCUAUUAUUUAAGAAAGUGAAGGGGAGAGGGCGCUUAUUCGAGGCGGGGGCGCUUGUUGGAUAUUAUGGCCCGGUACACGCAUUUAGCCGCAACCAAACUGAAAUUAUUACCAUGAAAACGGAGAAAAAGGUUUGCGCACGAAGAGUGCUUCAAGACUCCAUUUUGUUUUAGUCGUUUGUAGAGUAUCUCAGCUCUUUUUGUAAAAACACGGGCGUAAAAGGGACCAUGCGCCCAUACACAGUAUUCAGUCACAAAAAGAGCAGCCUCAGAAAGAUUGCACCAUAUCGUAAUAAAAACUAUCCUUACUUUUUAGGUCAACCCCUAACCAACACCUCUUAUAGUUUACCUGUCCUUAUUGAAGAAACUUUGAUUCACGAUCUCUGUCUCUCCCUCCCGGCUCCAGGCAGCCAGUGGUAGGGAAAUCUCCAGUGGUCUGCAUUUCACUAGUUGGGCCGGGAACAAAAUACUUCUACUACAAUCAUGGCCAAAAGUCUUGGGAUUCUUGUGCAUUUCUGGGAAGUUUUCUUAUUCACACAUGCCCAGCCCCUCCCCUCACCCCACAAACAACGUUGGACGCGUGUAUCCGGAAUUUUUUCCCGAAUUUCAACUUAGUAUAGGGUGGGGGGAGGGAGAACUGCAAGAACAUUUCGAAAUUAAAAGGAAGCACUGUUCUAUGAGACAAACCAGAAAUUACAGAAAACUAUUGAAUACUGCAUUACUGUCCAAAGGAGUUUUGUCCAGGAUUGUAGGUAUUUCGUGCUAAAUAAGCCUGCCCGUCUGACUCCACCCAUCUGGUAACAUCUUUGACUCAUCUGCACCUGACCCUUAUGAUUAAUCUUUCUCUUCCUUUCCUAGUUUUGUUCAAUUUCUACCAAAAACCAGUGGCCAGUUUGAUAAAGAACUCAAGCGCCACUGAGGAUCACGAGGAGAAGUCUCCACAACUCAAAAAACGGGACAACAUUGCCACACCCACUGUUGAACCGACAUUUAAAACCACCACCAUCAACUUUCCAGUUAACAGCUACAUGGCCAAUGUCAUGCUACAGCUGUUCGGAAAGGAGGGAAUUCUAGAAAAAGGUGGAUUUUACAGAACCGGAUAUAUUCAUGAAAACGCGACAGCUUCAAUCGUCCUGCUUGAAAGUUUCCAGAACAGAUCAGUUCUCUUACACGAAAUAAUGCAAGCUCACGGAGCGCCGAUUGGUGGAGGUGCACUUGCGUUAGUCGUACAGUUGUUUUUCACGCCGACAGAUUUCCGACGUGUGACCGAUUGGCUCCGAGAGGAUAUACGGUUAGGAUAUAUAAACUAUGACGAUCCUUGCUCUCCGAUUGUGAAAAUAAAAUUCGUUUGCUGCACCAAGAUUGCAAAUCCAUUUCUGGCACCAAAGUUUGGAACGCUGAGAGUAGAUAUCGAUUAACCAUAUGGGUUUGUAAAAAUGUGGUCUAAUUCGGGACGGGA